GAAAAAUGGCGGCGCUAGUUAAGCGCAUGGGGUGGGUUACGCGACCGUUGCUGCCGAUGGUUCAGACUUGGGACCUGAACCCGCGGCGCUGGGUGCGGGCGCUGCGGCGGAGCCCCGUGAAAGUGGUGUUCCCAUCCGGACAUGUGGUGGAACGGAAGCCCGGUCCUGGGAAGCAGCCCCGGAAGGCGGCGGCUGAGGCCGGUCCCCACGAGCAGCGACUGAAGCAGCCGCUUCAGGUGCCCCCAUCCCAGACGCCCAGCACCUGGGAAGAGUCCGGGCUUCGCUAUGAUAAGGCUUUACCGGGGGAUAAAAGGCUGAGCAGUGUGAUGACAAUAGUUAAGUCCAGGCCAUUUCGGGAAAAGCAAGGGAAGAUCCUGCUGGAAGGUCGCAGGCUGAUUGCAGACGCUCUCAAGGCUGGUGCUGUGCCAAAAGUUUUCUUCUUUAGCCGUCUGGACUACAUAAAGGAGCUGCCCGUUGAUAAGCUGAAAGGUGUCAGCCUCAUUAAGGUGAAAUUUGAGGACAUCAAGGAUUGGUCCGAUCUAGUAACACCACAAGGAAUAAUGGGGAUUUUUGCCAAACCUGACCAUGUUAAGAUGACAUACCCAGAGACUCAGCUUCGCCAUUCACUGCCCUUAUUGUUGAUUUGUGACAAUCUCCGUGACCCUGGGAACCUGGGGACGAUUCUGAGAUCUGCUGCUGGGGCAGGCUGCAGCAAAGUAUUACUCACCAAGGGCUGUGUGGAUGCCUGGGAGCCCAAAGUGCUGCGGGCAGGUAUGGGUGCACAUUUCCAGGUGCCCAUCAUCAACAAUCUGGACUGGGAAACAGUGCCCAACUACCUGCCCACUGACACCCGGGUCUAUGUAGCUGACAACUGUGGUCUUUAUGCCCAGGCCCGAAGGUCUGAUAAAGCCAGUGACCAUGGCUGGGUAUGUGACCGACAGCUCUUGAAGGGUCACAAGUAUGAGGAGGAGGUGGAUCUAGAAACUGAAGCCAGUAACGGCUGGCUCCCUGAACUUGAGGUCCAGAGUUAUGAUUUGGACUGGACAGAGGCACCGGCAGCUGUGGUGAUAGGUGGGGAGACCCACGGCGUGAGCCUGGAGUCCCUGCAGUUGGCCGAGAACACUGGAGGCAAGAGGCUGCUGAUCCCUGUUGUGCCUGGUGUGGACAGCCUAAACUCGGCCAUGGCUGCAAGCAUCCUGCUCUUUGAAGGGAAAAGACAACUGCGGGUAAGGGGAGAACACUGGAGCAGGGACAGGAGUUACCACUGAGAGGGGACGUGGCAGGCAGUCCUCGGUUUGAGGUUGUCUCCAGCUCCUCCUACAUUGUUAGGAGGCUGGCAGAGGUGGUAACUGGCUUCCCAGGCCAUAUUCAGGAGGUAGGAGGUAGGCGUGAUGCUAUUAUAUGGUUAUUGGAAAAAUAAGAAUUUCCAUGAAUUUCUGCUUAUCUU